AUACAUAUAUCGAACUAUGCCGUAAACGUAAAAGAGGGUAGAGGCGCCGUGUGAUGACGUCAUCAGCAAUGGACAGUGUUGUUCAAAUGUAUACAGCACAAGUCUCGUUUUCUUUGUUUUAACUCAUUCCUGCCUUACAGUCACACUCAAAUACGACAAUGGCUGACUACUGGAAGUCACAACCGAGGAAAUUUUGCCAAUACUGCAAGUGUUGGAUUGCCGACAAUAAGCCCAGCAUCGAAUUUCACGAAAGAGGGAAGAAUCACAAAGAAAAUGUGGCAGCCAAAAUUUCCGAGAUUAAAAAGAAGAGUCUCCAACAAGCGAAGCAAGAAAACCGUAAAUCCAAACAGUUUGCAGCAAUGGAGGAGGCUGCACUGAAGGCAUAUGAGGAAGACCUGAAAAGACUGGAAAUGGAGUCAGGUCCUUGUGCCUCAGCCGCAGUCCUGCCAAAGCCCAAAGCACCUCCCAUAGUAUUGUGCGAGCCACCACCAUACUGGAAAAAAUAUCAGAAGAACACAGAGAAACCCAAAAAGUCAUCUGGGGAGCAAAAUCUGUGUUGGGUUGACAUACAGACAGAUGACGGACACAAAUACUAUUACAACACCAUAACUGGAGACUCUCAGUGGGAGAAACCCAAAGGUUACCGGGGCAGCUCAAACUCGAGCGCUUCAGGUAGUAUUUGGAAGGAAAGUAUCAGCCCUGAAGGAUAUGCAUAUUGGUACAACACACAAACAGGAGAGUCCAGAUGGGAAAAGCCAAAAGACCCCAAUGAAAUUCCCGAAUCCACCUUGGCAUCUGGCAGUGACAAAACACUUGAGGAGGAACUCGCUGGAGACGCCGACUGUAAGGAGGCUGAGUUGUCGCAGAGCGAAGAAGUGACUGAAAAACCCAGCUUGCCCUCCGUCGUCCCAGAAGAUAGCUUUAGGAAAAGGAAAGCAGAGGGAGAAGAUGACCAAACAAGCAACAAUAUGCCUCAAGAGGAUGUCAAGGAGGAGAAGCAAGAGGAGCUCCAAAGUGAACCCAUAGUGGAAAAAAAGGAAGAGGUGACAAAAGCAAAGAGGCCAAAAUCGCAGAACCCUUACGGGGCUUGGGAACGGAUCAAGGAGGAGAAGGAUCCAUACGCCAACGUGGACUUACAAUUGCCCAAAGUAGACGAGGAGAUUGUAGUGACGGAGUUGCCGCCGGAACCGAAACCCAAGUUCAAGGAGCGCAUCAUCACGUCGCUGGGAAUGGAAGGCGGAAGCACUUCUUUCAAGAAAAGCAAAACACAGAACGGAAAGUCUAGAAGCUUUCGACAGAGAGACAAUGAUGACUAGCCACCAUUUUUUUUCUUUUCAGUUUCGGUGAAUUGUAAAUGAGUCUAAUUAUCCGUUUCAUUUGACUUACUUUUGGAGAUGUACAGAUCAGCUGGCAGCUUGUGACCAAUUGGGGCAGGUUAAUAAUAAACAAGACACCUUUUACACAAAAA